GUACUGGGUCCUUUAGAUGAAAACGAAUUCUAUGCAGAAGACUUUAAUUUGUUGGAAAAAAUAACAUACAGUACUUCAGCGGAGAGGAUUAGAGCUAUCGUCAAAGAGAUGGGAAACAGUAGUAAAAGUGGCAGUGAUUUGAUUAUGAAAAUAGAUGCCCUACUGUCGUCUUUGCCUAAAACGGAGAUGAGACAAGAUGCUGAAUUGCUCAAGGAACAGCACAGUGUAGUAAAAAUUGAUCCCCAACAGAAUGAACCAUUCUAUGAUGUCAUUGCUAUUGUGGAUCCAUUGACAAGAGAUGCACAGAAGAUGAUUCAUUUAUUGAUUGUGCUCAAAGACAUUAUCAAUAUGAAACUCAGGUUGUUUUUGAACUGCAAACCUAAGCUGUCAGAAGUGCCACUGAAGAGCUUCUAUCGUUUUGUUCUGGAACCAGAAUUAACUUAUGGGAUCAACAAGCAUCUUCCUUCCGAACCUGUGGCAAAAUUCCUGGAACUGCCAGAAUCACCCCUUUUGACUCUAAACAUGAUCACUCCUGAAAGCUGGUUGGUUGAAGCAGUAAACAGUUCCUGUGAUCUCGAUAAUAUUCAUUUACAGGAUAUAAAAGGGACAGUUAUAGCAGAAUAUGAACUAGAAUAUAUAUUGCUUGAAGGACAUUGCUUUGAUGUGACAACUGGACAACCUCCUCGAGGGUUACAGUUCACCCUGGGCACAAAAAGCAAUCCUGUCCAGGUUGAUACUAUUGUGAUGGCCAAUCUGGGGUAUUUUCAGCUGAAAGCAAAUCCAGGUGCCUGGACACUGCGAUUGCGUAAAGGAAGAUCCGAAGAGAUUUAUCAGGUGUUUUCCCAUGAAGGAACAGAUUCUGUAGCUGACCUGACAGAUGUUAUCGUGGUAUUAAACAACUUCAGAAGCAAAAUUAUCAAAGUCCAAGUACAGAAAAAGCCUGAUAAAAUGAAUGAAGAUCUCCUUGCUGAUGGAAAAACAGGAAAAAAAGGAAAUCAGGGACCAAUUACAAGAUUUUCAGAAGAAAUUCCAGCAGAAGAGAAGGAAGAGAGAAGUGAUAUUCUUAACAUAUUUUCAGUUGCUUCAGGCCAUUUAUAUGAACGUUUUUUAAGAAUUAUGAUGCUUUCUGUCCUACGUCAUACAAAAACACCAGUUAAAUUUUGGUUUCUGAAAAACUAUCUCUCCCCAACAUUUAAGGAUGUUAUUCCCCACAUGGCUCAAAAGUACGGUUUCAAGUACGAGUUAGUACAGUAUAAGUGGCCCCGGUGGCUUCAUCAACAGACAGAAAAACAAAGAAUUAUCUGGGGCUACAAAAUUCUUUUUUUGGAUGUUCUUUUCCCUUUGGCUGUGGAUAAAAUAAUAUUUGUUGAUGCGGACCAGAUUGUGAGAAGUGACCUAAAAGAACUCAGAGACCUAGAUCUCAAUGGAGCUCCCUACGGAUACACGCCGUUCUGUGACAGCCGGAGAGAAAUGGAUGGGUACCGGUUCUGGAAAUCGGGAUACUGGGCAUCCCAUCUUGGGAAAAGGAAAUACCAUAUUAGUGCCUUAUAUGUUGUGGAUCUGAAGAAGUUCAGAAAGAUCGCAGCAGGAGAUCGACUUCGGGGCCAGUACCAGGCCCUUAGUCAAGAUCCAAAUAGUCUGUCAAAUCUAGAUCAGGAUCUUCCCAACAACAUGAUUCAUCAGGUAGCUAUUAAGUCUCUCCCUCAGGAAUGGCUUUGGUGUGAAACCUGGUGUGAUGACGAAUCCAAGAAAAAGGCAAAAACCAUAGACCUGUGCAACAAUCCACAAACCAAAGAGCCAAAACUAAAGGCUGCUGCCCGGAUAGUUCCCGAAUGGGUUGACUAUGACUCUGAGAUAAGAACGUUAAUACAGCAAAUUGAAAAAGAGAAGAAAAAUCUAACAUCGUUCUUUCAAAAAGGUCUUAAGCACGAUGAACUUUAG